GCCAUGUUUUGCUUGGUUGAUGUUCUUUAACUACAGAGAGAAGAGUCAUUAUCUGUUGUCAUGCUUUGCCUGGUUGAUGUUUUUUACAUCCUACUGCUACCAAUAAUAUACUUUUUUUCUUCUACAGAGUAAGAUGUUCUUUAACUAUGGGCAGAAGAAUCAAUAUCUACUGCAAUGCGUUGCCUGGUUGGUGUUCGUUACAUCGUGCUGUGCAGACACAGAGAUCCGGGUUAUAAAGACGUUUUCUCCUGUCGGACCUCAGAUGUGUUUACUCGCCUGUCAACGCCACGGAGACUGUGAUGAUUACGAGUUUACAGCAGAUAACCUGCAGUGCGUUCUCUUAGAUAAGAUGGAGACCACUCUCAAACCUAAAGUGGAGUGCGGCAAUCUGACCGUACGUGGUGGCAGUGUCAACAGAGUUAGCGGCAUAGUGCAAUGUGGCAGUCUGUUUGAGUUCUAUGGACAAGAUCCGAAAGCUACCUGCACUGAAACCGGCGAAUGGAAAAAACCGAAUGGGUCGUGUGAAAGAGUCAGAUGGAUAAACGAGACCCCGCCUCUUUCUGUCCUCGUGCGGCGUGGAUUUACCUCGUUGUCCCUGAAUGGUACAUGCACGAGUUCCAUGGACGGAUUCGAGGUGAUCUUUGACGACGACAAGAGGAAUAUAUUUCAAUGGAUUUUCAAACCGGGAGAUAAAUGCGACAGGUCUAACCAGUGCAACAUAGUAAUAAAGAGCAGCAUACUUGAGUUGUUCAUCCCGGUGCGCAAAUCUAAUCCGUUCUUCUUCAACUCGAAGUUCUACCUUCUGCUCCUCCUCAACAAAGAGAACGUCACGUUGCAGGUGAACGGUCUUAAGUUGAAGACAGUGUCCAGAAAGAAAUUUGGACUGACACGUGACGUCCAACAUAUCUACAUUGACGCUGCAGCAACAAUCGUCAUUGAUGAUAUGAAAAUCGCCUACUAAUGACGUAGCGACACGUGACGUCCAACAUAUCUACAUUGACGCUGCAGCAACAAUCGUCAUUGAUAAUAUGAAAAUCGCCUACUAAUGACGUAGCGAUGAUCGAUUAAGUUCAUAAUCGGU